AAAGAGACUAUAACCAGCUUUGUGACAAACAGCCAAUAGGAAGACUUCUCUUCAGACAGUUCUGUGAUUCCAGACCAGAUUUGAAAAGAUGCAUUGAAUUUCUGGAUGCAGUGGUGGUUCCUGAGUUAGCCUGAUUCCCUUUUGUGAACUGUACUUCAACACUGGACUUCAGCAAGCUUGUUCUUUUAGGGGUUGAGGGUUUUUAUUGUUGAUAUUCUUUGUAAGGCAAUACAGGAAGCAAAAGCUGAGGCUGUUUAGCUUUUGUUAAAGAAAUUUUAGACUUAGUCUUCUGGAAAAAAAAUUUCCCAAAAUGAAAUGUCAUAGCCUUAAAAACCUUGCAUCCUUGUUAAUAGAGUUUUCUGACUCUUUUUACAUGAAGCAAUGUGAUUUCUGCAGUGUGAUUAUUUCAGGAGUCCAAAAUCAAGGUAGUACCAAUACUAUGUUGUCUAUCUGUACUGAAUACUGAGCCUGGUAAGAUCCAGUUCUUGGGAAGGUGUGACCUAAAAGUCUGGAGUCAGCUUGGCUUUACAGGAAGAAGAGUUGUGAAAUAAUUGAAUGUAAGUGACAGGAGUUAAAGUAAAGAAUUAGAGUUAUCCAGUCUAGUGACUCAUUUCACUAGCUAGGGACAGGGUUGCUCACAUAUGAAAAGGAAUGGGUAACAGCUCAGACUUCCCUGUAAGUUACAGAAUUAUUUGGAAAGGCCAUUUCUCAAGCUUCCUUUUAAUUUACACUAUCCAUGUAAAAUAGCAUGCCUAUCUAUUUGUAUUAAAUUAGUGUCAAAGGUACUAAAUACACUGCUGAACUUUGGGUUGAUAAACAUUUUUGACUUGUUCAAGUUGAUUUUCAGUUGCAGAAUUCCUGACCAUUAGACUUUUUGUUGUGGAAUUGAACAGCAGAAAUAAUGGCUUGCAUUUGGAUUGAUAGAUUUGAGUAGUGUGCUGAAGUGGGUGAUACCAUAAUGUCUCAGCAGAAAAAGAUGUUGAUAAUUUAGUAGUGAGUCAGUGAGGAUUAGUUGUCAUUAAUGUCAGAACUGGAAAUCAGGGAUUCUGUUAUUUCCAGUAUCGUGUGUGUGUGUUUGACUCUUGAACUGUCAUUUUUCAGUGUUCUGGUUUUCUUUAUAAAGGCAGAAUAUGAGGUAUCUUCAGAUGAAAAGCGCAUAGACUGUGGCCUCAAAGUUUUAGAGACGUACUUCACUAAUGGGUCGGCAGCACACUUGCCAGAAAUACCUCAGGAAACAGUAAAUGAAUGUAAAGCAAGACUAGAAAAGAACCCUUCUAAGGAUCUUUUCAUGGACUGUACUAGAAUUGUCCAUGAAUACCUAAGCAAAAGACCUUUUGAAGCUUACCAGGAGAGCGUGUAUUUUUCCCGUUUCUUACAGUGGAAAUGGCUGGAAAAGCAGCCAGUAACCAAACACACGUUUAGGCAUUACCGAGUACUAGGCAAAGGUGGAUUUGGAGAGGUGUGUGCCUGUCAAGUACGGGCAACAGGAAAAAUGUAUGCUUGCAAAAAGCUAGAAAAAAAGAGAAUAAAGAAGAGGAAAGGAGAGUCAAUGGCUCUAAAUGAAAAAAAGAUUCUAGAAAAAGUGAAUAGUAGGUUUGUAGUUAGUUUAUCCUAUACAUAUGAGACGAAAGAUGCCCUGUGUUUAGUAUUAACCAUAAUGAAUGGAGGGGAUCUGAAGUUUCACAUAUAUAACAUGGGAAAUCCUGGCUUUGAUGAAGAAAGGGCUAUUUUCUAUGCUGCAGAACUGUGCUGUGGUCUGGAGGAUUUGCAAAGGGAGAGAAUUGUUUACAGAGACUUGAAGCCUGAGAAUAUACUUCUUGAUGACUGUGGACAUAUCAGGAUUUCAGAUCUUGGAUUAGCUGUGCAGAUCCCAGAAGGUGAAACUGUCCGAGGACGUGUUGGGACUGUUGGAUACAUGGCUCCAGAAGUGCUCAAAAACGAAAAGUAUACAUUCAGUCCGGAUUGGUGGGGUCUUGGCUGUUUGAUUUAUGAAAUGAUUGAAGGACAGUCUCCAUUCAGGAAGCAUAAGGAAAGAGUUAAACGGGAUGAGAUUGACCGGAGAGUAAAGGAAGACCAGGAAACAUACUCAGACAAGUUUUCAGAGGAGGCAAAAUCCAUCUGCAGGAUGUUACUUGCUAAAAAUCCAGGGGAACGACUGGGUUGCACUGAAGGAGGAGCUGCUGUUGUAAAGCAACAUCCUAUUUUCAAGAACAUCAACUUCAAGAGGCUGGAAGCUAACAUGUUAGAACCUCCAUUCUUGCCAGAUCCACGUGCCGUUUAUUGUAAAGAUGUCCUGGACAUUGAGCAGUUCUCAACAGUAAAAGGAGUGAACCUGGAUACCACAGAUGAUGACUUCUAUUCCAAAUUUGUGACGGGUUGUGUCUCAAUCCCUUGGCAAAAUGAGAUGAUUGAAACGGGAUGCUUUGAAGAUAUCAAUGCAUAUGAAAAUGAUGGUACUGUGUCACCGGACAGAGAGAAGUCUCCUAAGCCAAAGAGAGGCUUCUUUCACAGACUUUUUAGUGGAGAGGUCUGCUUUAAAUCUGAUUGCAGUGAUGAUGAGCAGGAGUCCUCCAGACUUUAAAUCAUUUUAUGCUCAUCAGAAAGGAUGAGCAAAAGUUAAAUGUUUUAUAUCUCUGUAGCAAAUUGUAUUAUAUAUAUUUUUUAUCUGAGUUCAAGGAUUUUUGUACAUUUGUACUUCAUUUGUUUUAAGAUGUAUAUUUUCACUAAAGCUUAAUUGUACAAAAA